UAUAUACAUCACUCCUUCGUAACCUCUCGGCUAUGGUUAUGUCAGAUUUCCUUCCUCAGCCCACCCAACUAUCGACUGUGGAUCAAUCGUUAUAAUUAUGUGGAAAGGACACUGGAGAUAUGUUAUGUCAAGGUUUCAAUACCGAUCCCGCUGACGGAUCGUGGCUACACUGGCUAGUUUAGUAGCCCAACGCCCCUGUGUCUGGCUUCUAACAUCUAUCACUUGACCCUCGGUAGGAAGCGACCAGUCAUCUGAGAUCUCCAAUGUCUCUCAAUUUUUGUUCUUUCUUCCCUUGAAAGAUAUAAAUCGCCCCUCCUGACCCUAAUCCCCCUCCCCAGAUACAAAACCUUGGCCACUUCCUUUACUCAAUAAACCCCUUUGCGGCGAUCCUCACUCUCGUUGUAUGGUCAAGCUGACCUCUUACAACGUCUACUCUGACAUCAUGUCCGGUAUACUUACACGGACUAACACCUUCACACAUUCUUCCAUCGACGCCUGUCCUAACCAUGAUGUCGACCCUCUGUCUAUCAACGUGACUAUCAGACAAGACCCUCUCUCCAUCACGUUGGAUGGAUCCGCCAUAUUUGCCAUUUCCAUCAUUCUUAUGCUUAGCAUACACCUGGUCGAACCAUCUGUUCUGGCUGUGUCCGUCGGGUUGGCUACCGGCCUUGUUUUCGUCCACAAUGAUUACCAGAAUUACCUGAAACUUGGCCCUGGGGGAACACCAGCAACGUUUCCUGGCUAUAUCCGUAUCAAUUGGUUCAAGUUCUGGGCCUGCCGAGUGGAUCCCUUUGACCCCCUCCCAGCAGACCCGGACGUUCAGCCUGCUAUUGGGGUCUUCCGUAAUAGACCCCUUCCUUACCGCUGUGGAUUGCGCCCAAAGGUUGUAGGGAUAGCACCGCAACGGCAAGUCAACCAAUUCGGGUCCCGGGAAUGCUAUCUCGCUCUACGGCGUAUUUUGGAGAAUCACGGCCAUAUGAAUUCCGAGGAGGUAGGCGUUGGCACCUCUUGCUUCGAGAAGCACGGCUUGGGACUGUUUGCUCGAUUCCCUUUCAAUAAGACUUGUCAGGGGGAGAUCUGCCACAUCCACAACUCGGACUAUUCGAUGCAUCUAAACCUUCACCCGCACGACGUGAAGGAGGUUAUCGAGAAGGGUUGGGGACAACGUCACCCAUUGACUAGUCAGUGCCUACUGAAGAUGCCCGUUCCCAAGCAAUUCACGAUGGUGUAUGCCCCCCGAACUAUGGAUGAAUUGAAAGUUGUAUGCCAGAUCAUCGAGGCGGCUGGUUGGUGGGUUACCGCAAAGGAGAUGAAGCUGGAUGUAUUGGAGGAUAUGCAAAGCUACUAAGGAGUCCUAAGAGCUGUGCAGCCGGAUUACAAACACCAUAGCUCAGGGCAGAGAGUGGCUACGUGAGAGACCUCGCUUGGGCUGCCAUGUCAGGUCAAAACGUGUCAAUGACUUCGAAUAGUUUACAAACGUAAAAUUUCAGAAACAAAAUAUAAAUUUAUUACUUACCUA